AUGUCUCCCGCCGCGGCUCUGGCGCUGCUGGCCGCCGCUCUGGCCCUGGCCGCCCCCGAGCCGCCCCCGGCAGCCGCCCGGCGGCGCUUCGCCCAGGACGUCGUGGCCGUCUUCGGGGGCAACCGGAGCCUCUCCCCCGAGCAGGUGGACCGCCUGCUGCAGCAGAUGGGAGCCGCGCACCGGCUGGGCGACUCGCUGCGCGGGCAGCAGGAGCUGCACUUCAACCAGUGCAUGUCUGCCGAAGACAUCCUUUCUGUCCAUGGAAUGCCAAACAGCAGCAAGAUAACAGAUUCCAGCUUGUCCACUAUAUGUCCUGCUGUCUUACAACAACUGAUUUUUCACCCAUGUGAAAAAGCCCUGUCCAAAGGCAAUUCCAAGCCAUCUACUACAGAAGUUUGGGGCUUUGGUUUCCUCGCCGUGACUAUUAUCAACUUUGCAUCACUUCUUGGAUUGGUUUUAACUCCUCUUUUAAAGAAGCCAUAUUUUCCCAAGAUUUUAACCUACUUUGUAGGAUUGGCCAUUGGAACACUUUUUUCCAAUGCAAUUUUUCAGCUUAUACCAGAGGCAUUUGGAUUUGAUCCCAAAAUAGACAACUAUGUUGAAAAAGCCGUAGCUAUAUUUGGCGGAUUCUACAUUCUCUUCUUUGUGGAAAGAGUUCUUAAAAUGAUACUGAAGAGCUAUACUCAGGUGGAUCACAGCCACUUUGACCAUGAACUGAAACCUCCCCAAAAUCUUCCUCUCCCCCCUGAAACGUUCAAACCCACUAAUGGAACAGCUAUAUGCUAUGCAAAUCCAGCUGUAGCUGAGGCAAAUGGGACCCUGAAUUUCGACAGCCUCAGCGUGGUCUCCGGUCAGAAAGAAGAAACCCAAAGCAGUUCGUGUCACUGUUUAAAGGGAUCGUCAUUGUCUGAAAUCGGAACAAUCGCUUGGAUGAUCACCUUGAGCGACGCUUUGCAUAACUUCAUUGAUGGACUUGCCAUCGGUGCUUCCUUCACGCUUUCCCUGCUUCAGGGAAUUAGCACAUCCAUAGCAAUCUUGUGUGAAGAGUUUCCUCACGAACUGGGGGAUUUCGUCAUCCUUCUUAAUGCGGGGAUGAGCACACGGCAGGCCUUGUUUUUCAACUUCCUGUCAGCAUGCUCCUGUUAUAUUGGCCUGGCUUUUGGUAUAGUAGUGGGAAACAACUUUGCACCAAACAUUAUCUUCGCCAUAGCUGGAGGCAUGUUCCUGUAUAUUUCCCUGGCAGAUAUGUUUCCAGAGAUGAACGACAUGAUGAGAGAGAAAGUAACAGGGAGGAAAACGGAUCUAGCUUUCUUCCUGAUCCAGAAUGCUGGCUUGCUCACGGGGUUUACUGCUAUACUGCUGAUCACCCUGUAUGCAGGGGAUAUUGAACUGGAAUAAUGUAAUCCUGGAAGACACCUGGAA